GCUUGUUCGACAAAGCCAACAGUUAAAAUGUCUAGUCUUAAAAUACUUCUGUCGCUCCGAUGCAGCUGAAACGAAACAUCUAAGGUCAACCGCGAGCUGAUACUCAUGGAUCAAUUUUCAAUAUUGACUUGAUUGCUUUCAAGCCAUAAACAGGAAUGCAACAAAUAUAUACGUGGACGUUAUACGGUGGUUCGCAUUACUUGAUCUUUGUUGAUUAAACAAAAACACUAUUUUCACUCCGUGUUUUGUGAGUUUAAGAAUGGGUAAAUGUACAGGAAUGCACUGUUCUAUGAAUUGUCAAAUGUAUCUUUUGAUAAUGCUGGCCGUUGUAAUCCUCAGUGGUACUGAAAGCGGUAAGUGGCUAUAUUUUAGACCAAUUUAGUAAAUUUCACCGUGAAUUUGUGUACGAUAUAUAUGUACGUUUAUAUUUGUUGUUCGCACUACUCGUACACUGAUGAACAGACGUAGUCAGUAUCUUACAACCUAUCGAUGCUCAGCAAAGUUCACAGAAUCGAUAAAUGUACAAAUCUAGAAUUAUCGUAACUGAUCUGAGUAUGUCAUAGGGAAUCAGAUAGAUGGCACAACCUGUUGAACCCCGAAUGGCCCGAUGUGCUUGAAUGCGUAUAUGUGGCUCUAGUUCGUAUUUUAUUUAAGCUCGGCUUAUAUCGCUUUUAUUUCAUAGAGUUCGUGUACCACUGGGUAAAAAUGUGAAAUCCAUAUAUACUAUGUCUAUGAGAUUUGCAAUUGCACCACUAAAUCCAUAGUAUAUCCAUACUAUUUCGAUACUAUAUCCAUAGCAUGGAAAUAUACAAUUAUUAUGGAUAAUCAAAAAAUCCAUUCUAUUUCAAGUAAAGGUCCAUAUAUACGAUUUCCAUUCUAUGGAUUUUCAAAAUUUUUUCCAGUGUACCUUGCUGCUUUAGACUGCUGACCCCGACGAUUGUAACGAGAGAGAAUUUGACCAGUAAUCGGUCCAGUCAACUCUCAUGUUUCAACUCUCUUUGUUUUCGUUAUCAACUCUCUUUGUUUUCGUUUGACUGGGGCAUAAGUGUUUUAAUAAUUUUUGCUGCGAUUUCUAGUGUGAUUUUUUCCUCCUGAUGCAUGUGAACGAUGAGUUACGAAUGUUCGGAGUAACAUGUACCCUCAUCUGAACAUUCAUAACUUAUCCACUCGUUCACAUCUAUCGGAAGAAGAAAAUCGCACCUAACAUCGCAGGAAAAAUUACAACUGUAAAAGAAGAGCCUUUAAAACACAGUAAUCUGUAUACUGGUGCAUGGUCAAUACUGAGUAUAGGCUACUGGCAAUGGUUCUGAACUUCUGGGAACGAAUUGAUUCCUGAUAUCGUUCUUCUAAUACUUAUUUGUACACAAUAUACUAUAUAUGUACGUAGACGUAUAAUACUCAGGCGGCUGGUGGAUUAUCAGAAAAACUAUAUAUGUAUUCCGUUUGCUCUAGCAUAAAUGGCGCUUCAUGACUUAGGGUCACUGUAAUGCAGUUGUACAGUGAAGGUUUAACUAUUCUUAUACUUUAUAUAGUGGAACAAAUUCACAGUCGGAGUCGAAGAAGUUUAAUCGAUUUUGGCAACAUGGUCGGAUGUACAACAGGGCGUAAUCCUUUGGAUUAUCUUAACUACGGCUGUUACUGCGGUCUGGGAGGCAAUGGGAAAAUACUUGAUGCUGUUGACAGGUACUUGCACACAACGUUAGGGCAAUAUAAUUCUCAAGUUAACCAGAGGCCUGACACAGUACUUUUCUACUCUGAUCAUUACUCUAGAGUAAGUGGAGGGAAUGAAAUUUUUAAAACAUACAUUUACGCCCGUAUUCUAAAAGCUCACUCACACUCAAUGAGUGGAGGUUCAAUCUAAGCUUCUCUUGAGUGUCAAUGCUGUUUUUGAAUAGUUGGAGGGUGAGCAGUCACAUAGUAAGGUAUUACACUACCCCUCCAGCUAUUCAAAAACAGCAUUGACGCUCAAGAGAAGCUCAGAUUGAACCUCCACUCAUUGAGUGUGAGUGUGAGUGAGCUUUUUGAAUACAUACGUAAGACAUUUUGAAAAUGUUCCAUGGUUCUUACUCUUUCCAAUAAUUUAAUUAAUGCGCACCACUCUUGCCCCUAAUCAUUUUAAAGUACAAUCUGCCUCACUUUUAACUGCUUGACCAAAAUUAUUUUGAUUGCAGCUUCUAUCCCCCCCCCCUCCCCCCUCCCCUUGUACACCUAUAACUUUACAUAGUACUUUCUAAUAACUUUACAAUAUUUCUUAGCGUUUUUCCCAUGAGUUUUUCGUAACGUAUAUUGUUUCCCUGAAAUGUGUUUUACAGUAUUCAGUUACUCUAUUUUACAAGAAAGAGCUGCAUAAUAAAAAUUCUGUGCACCCAAUAUUUUAGAUGUUGCUACAAUCACGACAAUUGCUACAGGCAACUUCGAAAGAGAAGACUGUGUACCACCUUUGCACUCUACUUAACGUCGUACGAUUACAACUGUCCGGCAAAAUGCAGUAAGUGCGGAUCCAUUUUUGGGUUGUAUACUUAAAAUUUACUCCGUUAUUUUGAUUACGAGUAAAAUUUACUCGUUAUUCAGUUUAUGAGUAAAAUUUACUCCUUUAAGUGCCGAGUUAAAUUGACCCGAGUUAACUGAAAUAACUCCUUGAAAUUUACAGUGUACACUCAAUUAACUAAAUGACCAAUAAAAAGUUGGUUAUAAUAACUUUUAUAAAUUGGUCGAAAGAUGACCAAUUUUUUCAACCAAUUGAGUAAUAGUCAAAGGAACCAAAUUUAAUUGCUCAAAUGCGACUAACUAAUUAAACAAUUGGUCAAAAUGACCAAUUGCCAAUGGCUGCAACCUAAAAAAUUGGUCAUUUUAACCAAUCAGUUUUUACAGUGUAUGUCGGUAGAAAAAUAUUCUCAAUCUUUUUUUGUUUAUCCUUGAUACCAUGUAACUUGGGAAACUAGAUCACUGUUAUUAAAACGUUAGGCUAAGCGCUAGCCAGAAGCAUAUGGAAAAACAUGCACAUACUUAAUUUAUCUAGUGUCAAAAAAUUUUGCCUCUCAAAACAUCAGUAUGUGUUAGUUUCUACUAUGGUCUGUAUUUGAUGUAAAUUUGUCAUGCAAUGGGUCAAUAUCGCGUGAGUAUCCUUGUCAAAGACAUAUAGGUGUUCAGUUUGUAGUUCUGACUGUUCAAAAGGAGCCUUGUAUGGCUGGAGAUUUGAGAUUAGAAUAAAAACAAAGCUAAAGAAAGACAUUCCGUGAAAUUAGUGACAUAAGCUUCCACAAGGCACAAUACACCUGAAUGAAGCAAUUUGAAAUGCAUUUCAAAAUGCUGAACCUUACUUUUGCCACUGCUCGCAACCAAUUAGAAUUGCAUGAGAAUAUUUUCAUGUGUUGAGCUUUCCCCAGUUGUUUUUUUUUUGGGGGGGGGUCUCUCCCCGUGUUCACGUUCUCUCUGAGAAUUCACUAUGUUCCCUGUCCCCUUGUUCCCACAGCCUGCCCCCUUGUUCCCACGGUGUUUCCUUGUUCCCUAAAAAACCCUUGGGCGACCCUCGUGUAUAUUAUCUUGGGAAUCAUUGUCUAUAUUGACCGCGUGCAUAUUAAUCUUCUCUACUCUCUAGGCUCGAAAAAUAAAGGCUGUUCCAGAGGACUGUGUCGCUGUGAUCGUCAGGUGGCACGUUGUUUCAAACGGAACAAGUACAAUCCCAAAUUGAAAAAUAUUAACAAGAACAAAAUAUGUUAGAAGAAUGAAGUCCAACAAUUUCAUUGAGACGCACGUAGAAAAUGAAUGUAUAUAUAAAGUUCAAGAUCAGAGAUCCCAUGCAUGCAUUAAUGCAGCAUUUAGCCAGUGCGUUUUGCGGCCCCGUUGCCGAAAUAUAAAUACAACAUAUAAUGAAGGGGUAAAUCAUGAUAUAUAAAAGUUAUAUAUAUAAAAUCAUGAUAUAUAAAAGUUAGCACUAUUCUAUAUACAGUGCGUCGAACCCCACCUUACGACCACCUCUAUAAUAUGGAUACCCCUUUAACAGGGACAUCUUUCAAUAUGAGCUCCACCUUUGAAUUCACUAUAUGAGUAAAUUCUUAAACACGUCCGAUUUUAUCAUUAUGAUAAAUUCGCGGCACAUUUUGAAUUUAUCAAUAGAGUUAAUCAUAAAACCACAAGCAUUA